GGUGCUCAGCCUUUGCAGCGUUCCUGUGAACGAAAGUACUGAGAAGUAUUCUUCUGAGUCUGAACAACAAAAGCUACAAAUUUUGAAUACGGGAAAAAGUAAUAAAUCUUCAUCGGAACUUAAAAGGAUAGGCCCAAUAAGUUAUGAAACCGAGGAAGAAAAAGAAGACUUUUUAUUUAAAGUUAAAAAGUCGAAUGCUAGCAAAAAACUUUCUAAAGGGCAAAAGGUCAGAGUGGUCUCCUUUGAAAAUCAAGAUGACCAAGAAUCUGUUACGGCAUAUGGCCGUGGGUUGAUGGGAGAAUAUACUCAAGAAAAACUUAAUGAGCUUAAAGGAAAAUGCACUCGAGUUCUAUUGCGCGAAGCACAAGAAACUUUAGAAAAUAAAAAUUCUGAAGAUUCUUCCUGUACUCUAGACGAAUUACAUUCUAAAGAACUAAAGGAAUCCAGCUUUUUACUAAAUACUAAUUACACAAUAAUUCCUGAUGCCAAUCAAAUUCAUUUUGCUAGGAAAAAGAGAGAAAGAGCUCGUCAGGCUGCAGAAUUUAUUUCUUUAAGUAAUGAUGAAGAAAAGCCAGAAAUUCUUGAACUUGAAAAUAUGGGGCAAGAUCAAAUUUUGCCUUUCGGCGAUUGUACUGCUGUUGAAAAAGAAAAAAAGUUAAAAGAAAUUGAAUCUGCUUAUUUUGAUUCUAAUUCCGGUGAUACUCAGUUGCACUUAGCUCAAGAUGAAGCGGACACUCAAUUCUCCAGUGAAGAUGAAAUGGUUAAGUGGGAACGAGAACAAAUCCGUAAAGGAGGCGCGUUUAAGGCUGUUAAGCUAAAUUUACAAGACGAUAUAAAGGGCAAAAGCAUGUCAAAUGUUUUAUCGACCAUAAUUCCAAAGCUGCCUGAAAAGCCGUUAACGAGCGUUGCCGACUUUAUUUCCAGGCUCGAUAUAAAUAUUCAUAAAAUUUCCUCAAGUUUUAACGAAAAUGAUCAACAUUCCUGCGAGCUUCAACAAAAUAUAGCGGCUAUAGAGUCUCGACUUGAAAAUUUUACCAAAGAAAAAGAAAAAAAUGAAAAACUUUUUGAGUUUUUCCAGCGGAUUUGGUCUGAGAUUCACACAAUUAUUGAUUGUUUGGAUGAAAAAGCUUCUAUCAUUAGCGAACUUGAAGCCCGUUAUCAUGUGGAAGUGAAGAAUGCAUUCCACAAAACUUUCGACCAACAGAAACGUUUUCAUUACGAUGAUUACUGAACUUAAACGACUUAUGCUUUCAACAAGGAAUCAUCGAUAUGAUUCCUCCAGUGGAAGACGUUACUGAUUCUUUUGGCCGUAAAAAAAAUGAUAAUGAUAAGUUGAGGAGAAAAGAGCGCGAAAAUUUAAGGCGAGCCACACCCAUGGGGCUAUCUGCUGAUAAAGAGGAAAAGGAAGAAGAUCAUUUGUUUACUUAUUGCUCUGCUGGCUUGCCCGCUUCUAUUAUUGAAAAGUAUCAAGAUUAUAAAUCUCGCGUUUUUGUAGAUGCUGAUCCGAAAUACGGAACUUUGGAAGGAGUUCUAGAAAUUUUCAGAAGCUGGCGCGAAACCGACCCCAACUCUUACAAGGAUGCCUUUGCAUCUCUCUGCAUUCCAAAAAUUAUACUGCCCUUUGUGCAUUUAGAGGUUUUAUUAUGGACGCCAUUGGAGUUGAAUUCUACACCGCUUGAAAGCAUGAAUUGGUUCGAAUUACUUUUAAAGUACGGAGAUCCAAUAAAUGGGCCUAACGAAUUAGACUUACGGUUGAUCCCGCCCGUUUUUGAAAGAGUCAUUAUUCCAAAGUUGACUGGCCUCAUUACGCAUUCGUGGAAUGUGGCUGCAUACUUUCAAACUAUACGCCUUAAGCGGUUUAUCCUUCACGUGAGUACUACUUACGCAUUUUUAUUAGAGAAUCAAGCAAUGAAAGUUCUUUCCUCUGCUAUUCUUGAAAAAUUAAAAAAGUAUGUUGAGCAUUUUGUAUACUUCCCAAAAGUUGAGUUUGCUUCGGCCGUUUCUCUGACGUUAAUUACCCGCUCCUUAAAAAUUUUGAAGAAUUGUUUGGAAUGGAGCGGAAUUUUGCCUAUUUUUGCCCUGCAAGACGUUGUGAUGGACUCCAUAAUAAACCCACGUGUGUUACCCUCCUUAAAACUUUGUCCCCCCGCCCUCGCUGUUUAUCACGUGCAGCAGAUCAUCUCUGUACUCCCUGCUGAGUGGAUAACGGACAUAUGCUGUUCUCCUCUUUUAUAUUUUGUGCGAGUUCUUGCGAGGAAGUGCAUUCGCCUUCACUUAAAAAAUGAAGUGCAAAUUUGCAUAGAAUUAUUAAAAGUAUUUAAAGAUGAAAAGGAGAUCGAAAAACUCAAUCUCUUAUAA